GGUCGGCUGGCUGCGGCUCUGAGAACAUGACUUCACAUCAGACCGAGUUCUGUCUGGUCCAGGAGAAGGGGACAUGGACUCGAUCUGAGCGGUGCCAAGUCAAGGAGGGGAAGGUGUCGGAUGCCAGGAUCUAUGAGAACAAGUCAGAACAAGGAGUGACCUGGACCGUUGUCAGCCCCAUCGUGUUCACCUACAGAGUCAUUCAGUGCAGAGACCUCCUGGACCCCAGCAACGAUACCCUGCUCUGGGGUCACAUAGGAGAUGAAGAACUUCAAAGCGCCUCACGAAACGACUCCAAACCCGUGAAGCGUUUCGUCGUUAUCGAUGAAACCGUGCAUGAGCUCUACGGCUUCAGGCUUGCUCACUACUUUGAGUCCAGACGAGUCGUUUCCAAGAUUCUCCCCCUGCCCACCACUGAGGAGAACAAGUGCUUGGAGUUAGUGGCCAAGAUCUUGGAGGAGCUUCACAAGUUUGGCAUCGACAGACGCACCGAGCCGAUCGUUGCCGUGGGGGGAGGAGUCUGUCUGGACGUGGUGGGCCUGGCAGCGUCGCUCUAUCGCCGAAGGACUCCAUAUAUCCGAGUGCCCACCACGCUGCUGUCGUACGUUGAUGCCAGCGUGGGGGCCAAAACAGGGGUCAACUUCGCUGGUGGGAAAAACAAGCUGGGGAGUUACGUCCCUCCGGUGGCAUCCUUCUUGGACUGCUCGUUCUUCCAGACCCUCCCCCCACGGCAGAUCUCUAACGGACUGGCAGAGAUGCUGAAGAUGGCCCUGAUGAAGCACCGCGGCCUGUUUCAGCUGCUGGAGGCUCACGGCAGGAAGUUGUUGGACACCAAGUUGCAACCGUCUGAGCAGGACGACAGCGCAGUGGCAUCCACGAGCAUCGCGAUAGAAACCAUGCUGGAGGAGCUGGCUCCUAACCUGUGGGAGGAUGAUCUGGACCGCCUGGUGGAUUUCGGGCACCUCAUCAGCCCCGAGUUGGAAAUGACUGUUUUACCAGCACUGCUUCACGGGGAGGCCGUCAACAUCGACAUGUCCUUCAUGGUGUAUGUGGCCCACCUAAAGGGGCUUCUGACAGCAGAGGAGAAGGAGCGCAUCAUCCAGUGCAUGAAGGGUCUGGAGCUGCCCGUGUGGCACCGGGACUGCAGCCUGGACCUGGUGCAGAAAUCUCUCCAGGAGCGUCUGAAGCACUCAGCCGGCUCGCUGAGGAUGCCUCUCCCAACAGGACUGGGGCACGCAGAGAUCUUCCAUGACAUGAUAGAAGAUGCAGUGCUCUGCCAGGUGCACCAGACAUGGACUGAAGAGCUUUCUCCCACUGGUAACAAAUAAAAAAUAAAAUUUAAACACCAAACUUUCUUCAUUUUUAAGAAUAAUUUAAAAUAUAUUAUAAAAGUGAAAUAUUACGGACAGUAUAAAAACGUUGUUAGAGGAAUGUCUUUUUUAACUAU